AUGCAUGAAGCUGCAGCAAAAGGAUCAGAAGAUUGUAUUAAAAUGUUACUUGAUUAUAAGGCAAAUAUUAAUUUCUCUCACAAACACAUUGUUUCACCUAUUCAUGUUGCCAUAAAUACAAACCAAAUCUCGUCACUUAAGUGUCUUCUAGAAAAUAACGCAAAUAUUAAUGCAAAAAAUUUAAACGGAGAAACUCCACUACAUUUAUCAGUUAAAAAGACAGAAUUCAUGCCAAUGCUACAAUUACUAUUAGAUAAUCAAGCCGACACAAAAUCGUUAGAUAAAGAUAAUGAAACACCUUUAUUUGCUGCAAUAAGAGCCAAGAAUUUAGAAGCAGUUAACAUUUUAAUAACUCGUGGUGUUGAUUACAAUCAUCAAAACAAAUAUAAGCAGACAAUUUUACAUAUAUCUUGCCAAAUGAAGUGUAUAGAAAUAAUAAGACGUGUUUUAGACUUUACCUCAGAUAUAGAUUGUCAAGAUUCUCACGGUAAUACACCAUUACAUUAUGCUACAAUGAAUGAUGCUAUUGAAAUUAUCAACACAUUACUAGCUAGAGGAGCUGAUGCUACAAAGAGAAAUCUUGAAGGCAAGUCUCCUCUCUUCUAUUCGAGCAAUAAGUGCUCAAAGAUUUUCAGACAGCACUUUUCAAACGAUUAUACAUAUUCUUACAAGAGAAAAUAA